AACCAACCAAAAAGAAACCAGAAAGACAACCAUGGCUCACCGCAUGAUGUUUUUCCUCUCUUUCCUAGUAACCCUGGCAGCCAUUGAAGGCAUUCAUGCAGUUGAUUACGUGGUCACCAACACCGCCGAGAACACUCCCGGUGGGGUUCGCUUUAACAACGAGAUCGGAUCUGACUACAGCAGACAAACCUUGGUUUCUGCCACAGAUUUCAUAUGGAGGCUCUUCCAGCAAAACAAUGAUGCCGACAGAAAGAAUGUGCAGAAAGUGAGCUUGUUUAUCGACGACAUGGAUGGAGUUGCAUAUGCUAGCAACAACGAGAUCCAUGUCAGUGCGAGAUACAUCAACGGAUAUUCUGGUGAUGUGAAAGGAGAAAUCACCGGAGUGCUUUACCAUGAAAUGACGCACAUAUGGCAGUGGAAUGGUAACGGGUUGACUCCUGGAGGGUUGAUUGAAGGAAUUGCUGAUUUUGUGAGGUUGAAGGCAGUGUAUGCACCAAGUCACUGGGUGCAGCCUGGACAGGGUGAUCGUUGGGACCAAGGAUACGAUGUUACAGCUCGGUUCCUAGACUAUUGCAAUGAUCUU